AUGUUUCGACUGGCAGCGAAAGUGGGCCUUAGACGACGAAUUUCCCUUCUGAAAACGAGGAGAUACAUGUCCUCGGCCGAUGCCAUGCUAGAUCCUAGCCAGGAAACUCAAAGCUCCGAGCUGCGGCUUUCUACAGUCUUUGAUCUUCUACAUACGCCGAAAAGACUAAAGUACACCACCAACGAAUGCUACAACCACUACAGAAGAGCAAACGCAAACUUGAUCGAAGACAUAAUACAGAACAGAGAGAAAAGUCGUGCCGUGGUUUCUUUACUAGCACAAACAUACAGCAAGUCCAAGCUGGUGUCAGCAUUGAUCUUAGAUGAGCUUUGUUCUCUUCUCUGCCAAGGGAAAAACGAUGUCUUUGUGGCGUUUGUGUCAGAAAUGGCGUCUUUGGGCCUCCUUUCCCAGAAUGUCUCUACACAGUGGGCUGCGCUUCAACUUACGCCUAGCAAAACAUUGGACUUGGGCUCGAUUUUGAUCUCUCAGGCUCUUGACACAGGAGAACCGCUUUUGGCUGUUCUGUUGGUGCUUCGUCUCCAUAGUUCAGGCUUGGAGGUGGAUAAUUCUGCUUUGAAUCUCCUCGUGGCCAAUCUCGCCGUACAUUCGCCCAUGUUCCAGGCUUAUAAUUCUUAUGCCACAAUGAAGCUCAUAGACACGUUUGGCCAAUCCAGAAUAACCUACGAUACCCUUCUUUGCUCCAUCGAGUCUAUGAUACCCGUGGGAGGGGUUCCUUACUUUGCCAAUGUUCUAUAUGACCGGAUAGAGCCAAAGUUUUCAGACCAAAAGUUUCUCCUUCUCACUGGAAAACUUAUCUCGGCCAAUUUUACUUCGGGAAACUACGUGCGAGCCACUCGACUCUGGAAAGACGUGAUGCUGGCCCAAAGUGCAGCUGGAGAUAUUCUGUUUGCGAAAGCUCACAUUGGCUUGUUCAGGCGAAUGAUGGAAUUUUUGGCCGGCGACAAGAAAACCGCUGCUUUGGAUUUGGUCAAAAACUAUUUUCCUCGAGAGUUGGACUCUCAGCCGGAAACCAUCACUUUCCUUAUAAAAUUCUAUAGCCAGUGUGGAGAGAAAAGUCUACUUGAGCAAUUGAUCCGGAAUCUUGAGCCUCCUCUUCAAAGACAAACUCUUUCGGCAUUACUUGCGCUGUUUCUCACCCAGGACAACGAAAAGGGGGCCGAAAGGCUUUUGAAGGCGAUUUUUGCCACUCCCAGCGGCCUUAAUUGUGACGACUUUGAUGCGAUAGUGGCCAAACUACUCAAGCUGCAGAAAGUUCAGCAGGCGUUGGAUAUGUGCAAAAAAAACCAUGUUCGUGUGGCCAAAUAUGGCUAUGCCCGGCUUUUGGAUUUUUUCUUGCUGCAUGACCAUAUUUCUGGAGAUACGGACAUCCUGACAGAAGACCUUAAACCUAAAGGACGUAUGCUUUUCUCCGAAAUCGUGCUGCGACUUCCUGCUCUAGAGAAUGGCGAUCCAGCCCACAAAAAAAUAACAAACGUGCUCUUUGCCCAUUUGAGCAGGAAAGUCAAUGCUGGUAGUUGCCGAAAACUAUACACUUGCACAGCAUACAAGGAAACAAGACGUCCUUUCAAUUUUGCCUCGCAUGGUUUGCCCAACGAAUUUAAUCAGCUUGUAUAUAUGGAUCACAGCAAUCGGCUUGGCUGUGUCUUGAUUAUUUUGAAGAGGGCAGUUUGGGAAAACGAUAAAGAUAACAUUGCAUGGUGUGUCGAAGAGAUGAGAGCUUUGGGAGUUCCUGGAAAAGACAUAAAAGAGUACAUUGGAAACUAA